UUCUCCGCCUGUGCUCGCUCCUGCCGCCCUGUGUGUGCUCUCUGUGUUUGAUGGGCCCUGGUUACAGCCACACCAAGCCAAGCACUUGCCCUGUUGUCGGCAUCACACCGCUAUCCUCUGCUCCUCGCUCAUUUCUUCCGGCGAUCAUCCAACCAGGGACUCGACAAAAGUUUGAAGACUUUGCCAAUCACAAUGCAUUUGAGUUGCUUGCAAAGUAUGGGACUACACAUCUCGUCUUCAAUGAUGAUAUACAGGGAACUGCUUCUGUUGUUCUUGCUGGGCUUAUUGCAGCACUAAAAUUAGUUGGCGGAUCCCUAGCUGAGCACACUUUUCUCUUCCUUGGUGCUGGUGAGGCUGGGACUGGCAUUGAAGAGCUGAUUGCUCUUGAGAUGUCAAGACAGACCAAAGCUCCAUUGGAAGAAUGCAGAAAGAGAAUAUGGCUUGUGGACUCAAAGAUAACGUGGGAUUAACUCUUGCUUCGCCUUCUGCCUUGGGUUUGAACUACCAUCUAAUUUUGACAGUUUCAUUUGUUAUUUUGA